ACUUUCUAGCAUUCUUCUUACGGAGUAUAUUAUAACAAAUAUUAUGAGCCUCUGUAGUAUGUGACUGUAAUGCUGCAGCAAGAAACUCCGAUUUUUUUUAUUAAAAAAAAAACAAUGAAAUUCAUUUUGUCAGCCUUUGAUAUUGAAAAUGUGGAAAAUUCUUAGUCGUAUUUAUAGUAAAUAUUAUCUUCCUCUAACACGCUGUAUAGUCAGAAUUCACAUUCCCAUCUAUGAACAAAGCUAGCGGAUAAACCGUCAGCAGGAUUUUUACAAAAAUUAAUAAUUUCCAAUUGAUCUUGCUUACGUCCCGGCUCCUUGUAUUUGAAAUGGACUCGCACUCCAUCGUCUUCACGCACUCGCCUAAAAAUAUUAGGCGAAUGCAUGGAGGAAUAUAUAAUACAGUAUUCCUCCAUGGCGAGUGUUCAUUGGAUUGCGUUGGAUUGGUUCGGUUUUUCUUUUGUCACUGGCCAGACGUUCUUUGCAUUGCAAAGCAAGAUAUUCGAGACCGACUUUACGUCAGAACAUAUCGAAUGAGAAUCGAACACGUAACUUCGAUAUUGCCUAAGUCAACCGCAUCUGUUCAGGGAAGUGCCGAGGUGCGAUUGUGUAUUUAUGGAUUAUUUUCACCGGUUCUACAAUAAUUUCUAAGAGAUAAUGGAUGUACUAGGAAACAUUCGCAGUUUCAAAGUUUCGUUAUUCUUCUUCAUUCUAGUUACAUAUUUUAUAUACAAUCCUACAGAUAGUGGAGCAGUUCAACUAAAUCAAGGGAACUUGGACACAAUAUUAGCUACUAAUGAAUUAGUUUUUAUCAACUUUUAUGCCGACUGGUGUCGAUUUAGUAACAUGUUAGCUCCUAUAUUUGAUGAUGCUGCUGAUAAAGUAGCAGCAGAAUUCCCUGAACCAGGACAGGUUGUAAUGGGAAAGGUUGACUGUGAUCGAGAAGGUUCAGUGGCAACUCGUUUUCAUAUAACGAAGUAUCCUACUUUGAAAGUAAUCCGUAAUGGACAGCCCACUAAGCGAGAAUACCGUGGUCAAAGAUCUUCAGAAGCUUUCAUCUCUUUCAUCCGGAAGCAGUUGGCUGAUCCAAUAAAGGAAUUUACAAGUUUAAAAGAAUUAGAAAGUAUAGAUGACAAGAAGCGUACUGUUAUUGGAUACUUUCAUAGAAAAGAUGUUCCAGAGUACAAUAAUUUCAGGCGUGUUGCUACAAAUUUAAAAGAAGAUUGUCAGUUUUUUGUUGGUUUUGGUGCUCCUGUAGAACAAAUGCAUCCUCCUGGACAGCCAAUUGUUGUUUUCCGUCCUGAUAAAGCACGAUCUAAUGAUCAAGAUGAGACAUUCAUGGGAAAUUUAAAUGUUUAUGAUGAGGUAAAUGUGUGGGUUGCUGAAAAAUGUGUUCCUUUGGUACGUGAAAUUACCUUCGAAAAUGCUGAAGAACUUACUGAGGAAGGACUUCCAUUCCUCAUACUGUUUCAUAGACCUGAGGACAACGAAAGUGUUAAGAAAUUUAAUGACAUUGUCCACAAGGAGCUAAUAACUGAAAAACAAAAUGUAAAUUUUCUUACUGCUGACGGUGUUAAAUUUGCUCAUCCUUUACAUCAUUUGGGAAAAUCACAAUCAGAUCUUCCACUGAUUGCCAUUGACAGUUUCCGUCACAUGUACCUGUUCCCUGACAUAAAAGAUAUGGAAAUUCCAGGAAAAUUGAAGAGCUUUUUGAACGAUUUACACACUGGAAAACUUCACAGAGAAUUUCAUUAUGGUCCCGACCCUGUUACGCAUGAAAUUCAAGUUACUGCUAAAAAGCCUACAUCUCCUCCAGAAUCAACAUUUAAAAAGCUUGCUCCUUCCAAGAACCGCUAUACACUUUUAAGGGACGAGUUGUAAAGCGAUUUUUGCCUAAAUACUUGAUGUGGGGUCGUUUUGAAAACCGGUUUUUGAUGAGUUUGUUAUAAAUUGCAUUCUGAGAGAAUGGAAAUAUCACUGGAAUGGUAAGUUUUGGUACAUGCCUGUGAGGCUGUAUUUAUGUGGAAAUAACAAAAGUAAUUUGUAAAUAAAUUUGUCAUGUGAAUGAAUAUAAUACUUGUGAAAAAGACUUGAAGAAUUUGAAGUUUUAGAAAACGUGGGAUGUUUUGCUUGUGGUUGUGUGGAAAGUUCUUCGAGAAUAUUCUUUUGUGUGGUGUCCUUUUUUUGUCACUUUUUUGUGCACCGUUCACCUGUUUUGCAAAAACUAAUUCUUAAAAUUUAUCAAUCACUGAAGGAAGAAUAAUUGGUAUUAUUGCCUAGGGUUUAUUAAUUGAAACUACUUGUCAAGAAAGGUGUGUGGUGCAUGUUCAGAAAGAGUUAGGUUAACUGUGUGAUUGUUUUCUGGUAGAAUGUGCGUGUGGUAGCUUGUUAAUGAAUUGUUAAGUGUAAACUGUACGAAUUGUUCAACUUUUUAUAUGAGGUGGAUCCGUCCAUGUAGUUAUCACUGAUCAGAUUCCAUUAUCUUACAAUCGAUAGAAACCAUGUUGUGUCACACUUGCUGAUUAAUUUGCCAAGACUGCAAUAAAUAAUUUCAUUCAAUUACAAAGGAUGUAAAUGCAGCAUUUUUUUAAAACCUAAAAUGAAGGGAAAAAAAUACUGAUGAUUUAGAAGAGGGUACCCAAUAGGUUAAGACAGACAUACAUCCUAUAAGUUAUGCAUUGUACUUAGAAAAAUCAAUACAAUGAUUAGAUAAUUUUACAAUAGAGGAAAGAUGCUUUUAGAUAAUGCUAUCCCCUCUGUGAUGUAAUUGCUCCAAGAAUAUACAAAUAUUAGAUAUUUUAGUUUCAUAGUUCCACUAAUUUCUCAAAAGCAAGGUUUUUUUGGGAUUCAUACGUAUAAUACAGCAGUCAGUCUUGUUUGUUAAGGUGUUAAAGUUUUCGCUCUUCCAGGCACUUUCGUUGUGUCACGUCUGCACAUCAGAUGAAUGCUAGAUAGAUAAUUCCUAAAUCACAAAGUCUUGUAAAAUAAUUGUGACAUUAAGUAUUUUGUAGAAUGUUUAUUGUAAUUUUAUUGAUUUAUGUGAAUGAAAAUUUGUUCAGUAGUACCGCCACUGCAGGGGUGGAUCUGCCUCAUGUGAUUGUAAGCCUUACGCAAGCUGGAGGCAUUAUUUUACUGUCUAUUUCAAGAGAUAUGUUUCAUAAAAGAAAAAUUAAUAUUUUUUUAAUUCUCAAUAAUUCUUUCUGAACUGUACUACUCUUAAUACCUUUUUUGAUUACUUCUGUGCUUAAUGUUCUUGUGACUUGGUUCUUUUUGAGCUGACAGUGUUUUAAUGUCCACUUAUUUUUCUUGACGAUUGCAUGGUUUUGAAAAUUUGUAAAUAAGGGAUUAAGUUGUGACUUCAAUCAUUGAACAGUACAGUUCACAAAAUAGAAUUUAUGUAUACAUAAUCUUUAAGUAUUGUUUUUUCUGCAUAUACCUCAACAAUUGAGUGAACUGCAAAUUCAAAUUACAGUUUGUAGAAGGAGUAAUUCUACAUGCGUGUAAUAAUCAUUCAGCAUUUACUGAUCAGUGCUUAUAAUAAAAAUAAUAAUAAUAAUAGAAUGAUUUAAAAUACUUAAAACUGAAAAUAUUUUUUUUUAUAUAGAAAGAGUUGAAAUUUCUGCAAUUGUAUAAUAUUUUUGGAGAAGUUUAUAUUCUUCUUCAUGUGAUAUGUAAAUUACAUGUGUUCUUGCAAUUCCAUUCUAACUAAAAUGUAUAAUAUUUCUGUACACAAUCUGUGAUUAUUGUGUGUGUCCAAUUUGUGUUAGGGAAGUGCUUUGCAUUUUCCGCAAGGGUAUGUUUUUCUGAGAGAAAACCUAUUAAUUGCUAUUGUUAGGUUUCUGGCUGUUUUUGUCAAAAGGGUUUACCGUUCUCUUGAUUACAUUUCCAUUUAUAUAGUUUGUCACUUCAGAUGACUUGGGUUUCAAGAUUUUUACUAUUUAUGUACAAGUAUUGAGGGUAAUGCAUACUGUGCGAUCAGAACCUUCUUUUGAUCCAAGAAAUGUGAAGUAUGAAGUUACAAGUUGUUAAACUAUAUGAAUAAUUAGUUUGAUUGCUAGGUAAGUAACGAUUUUAUGUCGUGUAUUGUUGACUGAGUGUGGAUUGCUUCCUUCUGUCAAAAUUUAAUUAAUGCUACCGAAACUAAAGGGAGAUUUUAAAAUCUUAGUAACAAGAGAACAAGCUCUUUUCUGAUGAGUUAUAUUCCAUAAAAUACAAGUUGUUUCUCUGAGUAUUACAAACUUGCAUUUUGAUAUAUACAGAGGAGUGUUAUAUUGCUCCAACUCCAUAAAAGUCAUUCAAUUCGUUUUAAAUGAAUAUUAUCCUACAAAGAGGAUUGUUUGUGCAUUCAAGUAAAUACUCUUUACAAAGAAUUGUUUUGACAAUAGAUAUAUUAAUAUUUUUGUUAUGAAUUCUGAAGUUUAUUGUUUGGUUAGCACAAUUACACGAUAUGUUAAUAGUUUCUUCAAAGAUUGAGUUCAAUCAGUAUUUAAAAAAAUAUUAGGUUGAGAGCAUGUUUAUUAAUAAAAUUACUUUUUCUGAUGACCAAACUCGAAAUUGAAGAAGUAGUUAGUCAACGCAAUUAGAAUAAGAAAAUUUCUUUUCUGUACAUCUAUCAAUUGAAAUGAGUCAUUCUGUUAUUUGUAAAUAAAGAUUUGUGAAUAUUUA